CUCACUGAGUUCGGUUUAACCUCUGAUUUUCGAUCGGAAAACAAACGCGUCCAGCUGCAUGCUGUGAAAUUGCAGUCGCAUUUGUUUUUAUAAUUAUUUAUUGUUCCGGAAAGAUUCUGCCUUUGCCAUGUGCCAACUGCAGCGGCUCGGUUUCCUGAUCACCAUACUGCAGAUCAGCUUUAUUAACGGUCAACGCCUGCCAUACAUCGCCUGUCCCGGUAUUUUCCGAUAUCUGGGACACCAGAAUGAGUACAUAGGGCAUUUAAAACUAAUUCUGGAUAGUAAUAGUGUGGAAAAUGAAGUGCGGAUUGAAAUGUCACAGCCUGGCAGAAGGCGCCCGCCCACGGCGGGACUUUUAAAUUUCUUGGAAGAUGAGGAUUCGCUCUCUUAUAACCUGAGAAACAAUGAGCCCAUCAACUACCGAAUUGACUUUCCUACGCGGGGUGUGGUGCCCAAACUCACCAGGGUUAUGCUCAAUGGAGAUAUCGUGUGCGAUGCUGAGGAGCUGCCACCACCUAGCAUAAGGCUAUCUUUGUCGCGCACUCUGCGAACUACUACUCCCUUGGCAGCUGUCCCCCAGCGACCCGAUCGACCACUAUGGUCUCGGGAUCCUCCACGGAACUUUUCAAGAGACUAUGACGAACAGGAGCUUCCUCAAAGAACCCGUCCUCAGCAGCCGCCGCCUCCUCCGAGGAACAUCGGCGUCUAUGAAGAACAGGAGCUUCCUCAAGGAAACCGCCCGCUACAGACUCCGCCUCCUCCAAGGCAGCAACCGCAGCCGCAAUGGCGGCCAGAACCGGAGAACUCAGUCAGACCAGCGGUACCUCUAGUCCCGCCCGUACAAUCGUUUCCAUUCCAAACAAUUGGACAGCUAAACGGCAUCUGUGGGCGGGAGAAGACCAUCCAGACGCCAUUCAUCCACGGCGGCAACGAGGUGGAACGGGGCCAGCUGCCCUGGAUGACGGCCCUCUUCGAGCAGGUGGGCAAGGAGUAUAACUUUCUGUGCGGUGCCACCCUGAUCUCGGCCAGAACUGUGAUCUCGGCGGCGCAUUGCUUCCGCUUCGGCAGUCGCAAUUUGCCGGCCGAAAGGACUACGGUUUCGCUGGGCCGGAAUUCGCUGGAUUUGUUUGGACCCGGAUACACAAGUGGAGUAUCUCGUCUCCUGCUGCACGAGCAGUACAAUCCCAAUGUGUAUACGGAUGCGGAUUUGGCACUUCUCCAGUUGACUGACCGACCUGUUUUUGAUGACUACAUCAAGCCCAUCUGCUUGUGGAACGAAAACUAUCUGCUGGAUCUGCCCUCGGGUUACAAGUCCUAUGUGGCCGGUUGGGGCGAGGACGAGAAGGGCAAUAGGAAUACACGGCUGGCCAAGAUGACGGACACGGACAUCAUCACCCACUCGGAGUGCCGCGGAAAUCUAUCGGCGGAGAACGCCCGCUUCAUCACCUCGCACACGAUCUGCGCCAGCAAUGCCUUGGCAUCGGGACCCUGCAGCGGAGAUUCCGGCGGGGGGCUGAUGCUCCAGGAACAGGACAUCUGGAUGCUGAGGGGCGUCGUCUCAGCCGGCCAGCGGAUGAUUAACCGAUGCAAUCUCACCCUGCCCGUCAUCUACACGGAUGUGGCCAAGCACAUGGAGUGGCUGCUCAAGAGCAUGUGGUUUUGA